AUGCUUCCCCAAAAAGCAAGGAACAAAUGGAUUUUGGAGGGAGCUAGUAACUCUAGUUUUCUGCAUAAUACCAUUCGCAUUUGUAGAGGUAAUAACACUAUUUCCGAGCUUGUGGAUGAUGCUGGUAAUACUAUCACAGAUGGGGAUCAAUUGUGCCAACAUGUUGUUUCUUAUUAUGAGAAAAAGUUUAAUGGUGUGGAAAUGCCGGUUGAAGAUCAGAUUUUUGAUUACGAUCAUUUGUCUAUUACUUUGGAGGAACAACAGCGUAUGGAUAGUUUGCCUAUGGUGGAGGAGAUUCAAAAGGUUGUUUUUGAUUUAGGGGCUGACAAUGCUCCGGGUCCUGAUGGUUUCUCGGGUUGUUUCUAUAGGCAUUGUUGGGAGAUUAUCCAACAUGAUUUAUUUGUAGUAAUUCUUUUUUGUUGGCAACAUAAAUUUACUCCUAGUGGGGCUAAUUCGAGUCUUAUUAUUCUCCUGGCAAAGGUUAGAGAAGCUAAUUCUCUUCGGAAUUUUAGACCUAUUGGCCUUAGUAAUUUCUUUUUCAAGAUCUUUACUAAAAUUUUAACUACCAGACUGGGAAGUGUUUUGGAAAAACUUGUCUGUGAGAAACAAGUGGCUUUCAUGAAAGAGAGAAAUAUUCACGAAAAUAUUAGCUUGGCCUCUGAGAUGGUUAAUGAGCUUCAUAUUAAAAGCAAGGAUGGCGAUUUGGGAAUGAAAUUGGAUAUUUCCCAGGCUUUUGAUACUGUUAGUUGGUCUUUUUGUUUUGGAGGUGCUCCGCAGGUAUGGUUUCUCUGA